AUGAGUCAUAGAGUACAACUUCUUUUGGGAGCAUAUCAUAUGACAUUUCCUUUGAAAAGUGUUGACAAAACGAUUGAGAUGAAAUCUGUUCCAUACGUAUGUUAUGGUAAUUGUUUAUACAUUGAGUCUAAAAUAGCUAAUGUCACAGGCAUUUCAGGAGUUAAUAGUAAAGGUUCAGUAGAGUAUAAAUCUUUCUGUUAUGCAGUAAAUUCAAUGUUCAUUCCAAAUGUUCCUGUCAUAGCAACUCAUUUAGGUAAAUGGGUUCGCAUUAGUCCUCAUAAUUUGAAAGACAUGCAAUUCAGACUUGUUGACUUUCAAGGUGAGCCUGUAGAACUGAAGGCACCAGUGCGAAUGACUGUUGAAGUUGACUUUUUAGAAAAUAUUAAAUGCAACAGCUUACAAGAGAACUCAGAGCUAAAAAUAUAA